GGUGGCCUACGGUGCUGACUGGAAGUAUUUCGUUAGGUUGUGUUAAGUGUGUCCGGGUGUGUAUACUACAAUGAAACGAUUUCUUGCGAUCCUGGUGGCCUUUGCCAUUGGGUGUAGUGACGUGGCGCACGGUAUGUUGCGUGAGUCAUGGUUCGAGACACGUGUCGAUCAUUUCAACCCGCGCAAUCAGGACAAGUUCGCCAUGCGCUACUACAUCAACGAUGAGCACGCAUACGCCCGUGGACCAAUUUUCAUUGUGGUCGGGGCCGCCGAGCCGAUCCAGACGCGAUGGAUCACCGAAGGACUGUUUUACGAUAUUGCGUAUCUCGAGGGCGCUUAUCUGUUUGCGAACGAGCUGAGAUACUUCGGAUAUAGCCGACCGGUAGAAAAUGCAGAGACGGAGAAUCUGGAUUUCCUCAAUGCCGACCAGGCGCUGGCCGAUUUGGCCGAGUGGAUCACCUACCUAAAGGAAACGUACACCUACAACCCGAACGCGAAAGUCAUCCUGAUGGGUACGGCUUACGGUGGUGCCCUAGCCACCUGGUUCCGCCAGAAGUAUCCUCACCUUGUGGACGGUGUCUGGGUGUCGAGUGGUGCCAUCGAGGCUGAUUUUGCGUUCGCCGGCUACAACGAAGCGCUCGGGGAAAGCAUCCGCCAGUACGGUAGCGACGCGUGCUACAGCACCAUCUGGAGUGGGUUCCGCGUGGCGCAGAACAUGGCACACCUCGGGCUAGCCGAGCUGCUCUCGACCGAGUUCCAUCUAUGCGAACCGCUCGACACCGACAACGAUCUCGAUGUGCGUGCAUUCCUGCUCGGUCUGCGGGACGACAUCGAGUUCGAGAUGCUGCAUCUGCGCAACAUCAACUCGAUCCGCGAAAUGUGCGCCGAGAUGGAGCAGCAGCGGGACAGUAGCCUGAACGCACUGAUUGACUGGUUUGCCCGCGAACAUCAGUACGAGCAGUGUGUGCACCUCAACUUUGACAGGUACAUGGAGCGGUACCUCGAGACGGACUUUAACGCUGCCAACUUGCAGGCCGGUCACCGCCAACGGCUCUAUCUCCAGUGCACGGAGGAGGGUUUUUUCCCCACGACAUCCGAGUCGGAGGAGCAACCGUUUGGUAACAUGAUCGGGCCGGACUUUUUCGUGAAGGUGUGCCAACGUGCGUUCGGCGAAUGGCUUACAGAGGACGUGAUCUUCAAGCAGCUGAAAUCGACCAACACACGCUUCGGUGGGCUGCAGCCAGCGAUCGAGCGGGCCCAUUUCACCAACGGUGGCAUCGAUCCGUACCGCGUUAGCAGUCCGCUCGAGGAUCUCAAUCCCAAAGCGCCGGCCACACUCAUCCCGGACACGUUCGUGUCACCCGAUCUGGACUCGAUCGACUACGAGAACGAUUCGGAGGAGUUGAUUGCGGCCAAGGAGCGCACGCGAACGCUCAUCGACACGUGGAUCUUUGAGGAUUAUGAACCGAUUCACGCUUAGGUGGAAAUCUUUUUUUUAUAUUGCCUAUGUUUAAAUAAAUCACAAUACCUUCCCCUACCCGUA